AAUGGCAUCAUGUCCUCAAAAAUCACAAAAUCAGACAAUUAAUCCAUCCAUGGAGGGUGAUAUGGUUGGGUUAAUCAUAAAUCAACUCCACAAGCAAUUCCAUGGAUCUCUUGAUCUCAAUUACCCAAUUUUAAGUUCAACCUCUCAACCUCCUUUGCAAUCUAAGCUCUGUUUUGAUAGAGAGGUAAAAUGUCCAAUAAGGGAAAGCAAAAAGAGAGCCUUAAAGGAAAUGGAAAUGGAGAUUGGAGAAGAAGAAGAGAAGAAGAACGAUGAUUUGAAGCUUAGACUGUCACCUCCAGGGAUGAAACCAAAGGAUGAAUCAUCAAACCAAUUAUUGGUAUUGAUGGGGUGUAGUCAUUGCUUCAUUUAUGUUAUGGUCUCUCAGACAGAUCCCAAAUGUCCAAAUUGCAAGAGCCCCAUUUUGAUUGAUGUUUUUAAACAGGGCAUUGCCAAAAGAACAAAAAGGUGUUAGUCAGUACACCCUUUUUAUUUUAUUUCCUAAGUGAAGUGGUUUCUUUUUUUUUUUU